GCUUCCAGUCGCUGCCGGCAUGGGGAACAUAGCUUGUGUUCCUCAGGCACCUGGGAGGCUCAGAAACUCUUUCAGAAGGAAGCCUUCUCUGAAGAAAGAACAAAAUGGCAAGAAAAAGCUGCCCAGCAUUUUUGGUAUUGAAGGAGGGAAGGAGAGAGAGACGACCACAGACAAAAUCCUGCAGUAUAUUCCGGGAACGAGUAUUCAAAACCAGGAAAACCAGAAAGAAAACUUCGACCAGAGGUUCCCCAGCCUGUUCAAGAAGGGCCGAAGGAAAACAGUUGUCAGGAAUCUGGACAAAAUGAUCCAUUACUCCAAAGUCAAGUUUAAGUUCCAGCACUGCCAGGAGGUGAAAGACUGCUUCUUGGAGCUGUUCCAGUCGUACCUGUACUUCCAGUCUAUGGGCUCCCACGGACUCACCUACCGGGAGCUGCUGCCUUUGAAAGAGCUGAACGUGUGUGAAGUGAGGAGCGGGAAGGGCAGCGGGCAGGAGGACCACGCGUUCCGCAUUGCAGGUCCUCUGCCGAAUCCCCUUAUCGUGUUCUGUCCUACUGAGUCAGCGCUGAAGCAGUGGCUUUAUCACCUGGAGAAGCAGAUCCUGCUGAAUGGAGGAAGCCCCAGCUUGCCCUUCUUCUCUCAGAAUGACUGGACACAGAGCUCCAUGGGGAAGGAGGAGCUGCGAUGGUCCGUGCAGAACAUGCCUGUCCAGGACUGGAAAGGGACCCAGCGGGAAUCCCUAGGCGAUGUCCUCUGUGUUUCCAAAGUGAAGCUCCAGCAUCUGCCUUUCCAGGAGCAGCACGACCGGCUGUUGGUGCUUUACCCGUCCACGCUGGUGAUAGUAUCUGAGGAGCACAACACCCUCUGCUUUAAGGGCGAGCUGCCGCUCAACGCCAUCCAAGUGCUUUUUGAAGAGAACGAGAAAACCUCCUUUUUAAUAGAAGGUCGGCUAAUCAAUUCCAUCCGGGUGAUCUGCCGCAGCUACGACGAUUACCAGGAGUGGCUCUACUGCCUCAAAACAGCCCAGUUUCGAAACGCCGACUCCUCCCUCUCUGGAUCAGAGAGUUUCUCAGGAUCAAAGCUCCCACACCCCGGGCAGUUUGGCGGCAGCGGGAGAGGGUCCCUCACUUCUGAUGGCCGUACGAACUCCUGGGCGUCGGGAGGGAGAGUGCCCACCUUAACACACCUCUCCCAGAACAGCGGCUCUCUCCCCGAUGGACAGUCCUUCGUGCUGAUGCCUGAAAGCAGAGCACUUGAAGAUUCCUUCUCCUCCGGCUAUUCCCAGCCUCUCCAUAGCCUGGUGCACCCCAACUGGCCAAGCACGGGGCUACCCCCCCAGGACCUGCGGAGGGGCGGCAGCGCCAGAAAGUCCAAGGGCAAAUGUGGCCAGCAGCUGCCCAGCCAGGACACGGAGAGGACCAUCUGCAGCCUUAUUCCUGAAAACCCCAACGGCGAGCUCCUGUCCUCGGUGUACCACCAGCCCUACCCCGCACACCGAUCGCAGCAUCACCCCGCAGCUCCCCCGUCACACCUGGACCUCAGCAACCUGAGCGGAUGGAGCUUGGUGGGGAGUCAACCCUCGACAGCUUCCAGCUCCCUGGAGAAGGCGGCCGUGCCCUGCUCCCCCUUGUACACGGACCCCUACACUCCCAGCUCCUCGGGCGCCCGCAGCCUGGCGGGCUCCGGCUUCCUGCAAGAGUGUCACGGACAGAUGGGUUCAGCACACGUGGAUGGAUUCCCAGCCCUCCCGGUACCCCAGCAUCUCUCUCUGCAGAAGAGGAACUGCCACCCCCUGCGUGGUGGUCACUGCAGAGAGGUUCCUGCUGCCCUCAGUUACAGCACCACCUCAUGCCAUCUCCAGCUGAGGCCUCCUGCUGACGCUUAUCUUGAAGAGGUCUCUUCUCUGCCAGAGGAACAUCUGGGCCAUUCAUUGCACCCACCAGAUGAUAAUUUUGGUGCUUACGACCUGCCGGAGACCAGCCUUGACUCCCCGGCCUACCACGACUACGCCGAGCUCCAGAGCUUCCAGAGCGACUUCAGCUACGACAACCUGUGGGAAGCUGAGGGCAAGGAGCCAGACACCCCCCACGCCUCCCCGACUCCCAGCCAGCAGUUCUACCAGGCCUGAGGGAACUUCUCCACAACCAGGCACGGAAAAGCUCCCCGGGCUCAUUUCUCGCCGGGUUUCCCUCCAGGACGAGGAGCCUGGGGCGUACAAAACGUAUAAAGCUCUGCGAAAGGCUGGUUCCCAUGUCCUGGCAGGUCGAGAGCUCAAACUUCUCCCCUAAAUCUGAGGAAGGGGGUAAAGCAGGAAAGCGACAGCCUCUGCGGAGCCGGAGGAGCAGCGUGUGUGCCGUGCCAAGGAGCACGCUCUGCCGCUGCCCCGGCUCGGGGAGGGACCAGCAUUGCCCCCCUGAAAAUAAAAGGAAGACCAAAAAGCCGGUCAGGGUCCCUCAGAUAAAAGGGAGAGGGUGUUCAGAUGGAGCAGUCGCUCAAAGGCCAAAGAAAAAGGGCUGGGUUAGUUUGAUCAUUUUCAUUUCCACCAGAGCCCUCAGGCUGGUCCCUUGGAGGAUCCGCCGAUCCCCAAGAAUAGCUGUAAAGCCAAACCUUGCCCCCUUGGGCUCUGAAGUCUGCAAAGAGGCACAAGACAUGCCCCAUCGUGGUGUACAAGGUUGGGAGCAAUAGUUGUGCUCAUAGGGUUGUCUUCCUGCAAGAGCAGAGUUAUCUGACAGAGAUGGAGAAAGAAAAAAGGAAAUCCAGAUCUGCGUAGAAGGGAAUAUUCUUUCCACUUUAUGCAAAAAAUCCUUUCCUGCCAGUGCUGGCUCCAAACCACGGUGGUGACCUGCAAUAUUAUGAGCCUGCCACCUUGGGAGAUGGAAUGGAGAAAUGGGCUGCCAGCAAAUAUGCCAAGUGGGUUGUGUUUACCGAGGUCUUCCCUGGAAAGGGUGCCCCGGGUUCCUCUCAGGGGGCUGCCUCCUUCCCUCCCGCCGUGCUGGACUGGCAGUGAAUGCUGCCCGUGAGCAUCUAGGCAGGGAGGGAAGGAAGAAAAUUCACUACAAGCCAAAUUCAUCACAGCCAUAACACUCUGGUGGUCAGAGCAAUGCCAUUAUGGGCUGCAACCUCUCUCUUCCCCCCCUCCCGAGCAGCAGCAAGAGCAGGACACAAACAAGAGGGGACAGAGUCUCAGGGCUAUUGUUUUCCAGCCUCUUAGGCCAGAUCCUUUAGCACAUAGAAGGUCAGCAGCAAAUCCAAAUGUUUUCACCUGAGGCUCUACAUUCUUAACCUUUGUUCCCUGAAGAGGCUGCAAACCAAACAUUUUAGCAAAAUCUCAGUUUUCAUUCUUUCACUGGUGCAAACAAAACAAUCCCGGAGCUCUUUGUACUUGAAUCUCUACGUAUUACAUUGUACUUACAUGUAUUAUUUUUUUUUUCAGAAGGUAUCCAACAAAGUUUACAUGCAAGGUUUGAGUGGAUUAUAUGUAUUUAAGGUGUAAAUGUGGCUGAGUUGAAGCUCUAUUUAAUUUUCUAGCUGUGGAUGACAUGCAGUACUGUAGAAUGGGCAGCUGUCUGCCCAUUUGUGUGUGUGUGUGGGUUUGGGUCUUCUAGCUUUUAUUGUGUUAUUUCAGGUUUACUCUCGUUUUGGGAAGAUUUGUAUCUAAUAACUUAACCCCCAAAGAAUCUAUUUAUUCAGAACAAAACUGAGCUGGGGAACAUCAGGAGUGCAGAGUCUGCUGGGAGGCAGCCGUGCUCAUGAGCUCCUAUGGACACGUUGGCUUUGAAGGUGGUCACCUUGAUGUUUUUAAUUGGGUUUCAAGAGUGGUACCUGCAAUGUAUCGGGAGGGAAAAGCCCCCUCCCUAUCGCUGUAAAAGUUCCCUGGUGGUAUUUCUGUGAGA